AUGUGUGCGCCUGAUGAAGCUAUCCAUAAGGAUCUCUGGCUUACUUCCAUGACUGGUGAAGAGGAUAUCGAUACAGCUGCAACCGUGUUGAAGUUCAGCAAAGGAUUGUUGCGAGAAACGAAAAGUUCUGAAGAAGAAGUGACUUUCUCCAAAGAGCCUAUGAUCACUAAAGAACGCGUGGUCUCCCGACGGAUUUCCAGGUGUCACCGAAGAGCUGAAGGCGGCGCUCUCAAAUCUCGACAAGCGAGGCUAGCAGAGCAUCUUGUGCACGUUGAAAUCCUUUCAAUCCCUCUCUGGUUCUGUUGGUGA